GACGCCCGUUUACCGUGCGUGUGUGUCCCUGCCUUCCUACCUACCGUCGAAGAGUGAAAGUCUUCGCUUGGCAGCCGCACCAGCACCACUCUUGCACUCUGACGCCGCGACUCUUUCGGAACGGUAACGGCGCAGACUACUUCUCCGCAGAGUAGUACAACACACACUUCGCGUAACACGUGCCAAAUCGCAAGGAUAAUAAUAAGGAUAUUUUUAUUCACAUCCACGUUUUAUCAUUCAAAAAGGACUGUUGACGAGUUUAAAAUUACAAGUUCAGUGCGCAGUGACUGAUAAUUUGUGUGUUUUGAGGAUUUUUCGAAUAAAAUUUUUUGGGUAACCAUGAGGGGUGCCAUCGGGUGCCUGCUCGUGGUGUUGUGCGCCGUUGGUGUGCUCGCCACCAGGCAACAACAACGUCUACCCAGGACUAGUGCUGGUCAAUUGGCCGCUGCCGCCGCCGCUCAGAAUAAAACCUCGGCGCAGCUUAGAAGCACUAGGACCAUUUCGUCCACGAUUGGACCGCCUCCAGGGCGAGGAUCUAGCAGUCGAACAAGGGAGCAAUAUUUGUAUGACGUGUUUGAAGCGAUAAUCUCAACAUUAGAUUCAAAACUCCAACGCAUUGAGAAUUUAGACAAAGCCGUUGAGCAUUUAAUGCGACGCGUUGAAAAUCUUGACUCUCAAGUGAAUAAUAACAUUGAUAAAACUGAUGCUGUCAUUAGUAAACUGGGAACUCUUGAUUUAAAACUCUUCCAUUCUUCGUACAUUCCUAAAGAUGGUUCUUUACCACCAAUUAAAGAAGGUGAGUUUUAUGAAAACAACCUUGGAAUGCAACUGGUUUCUUUAGAUCAGAAGGUUAGCGAUAUUGACUCAAAAUUGAGCACCCUCAAAACACAACUUGAUAAUAGCCUGACCAGCGAUAUUGAUUUCAAUGCGGAAGCUAGUGAAAAGAAACCAAUUCAUAUGAAUGUGGUGGAGAUUACUAAAUCACUCAAUACGGAAGUGAUCAAUCAUGUCACCAAGAAACUGGACCAACUCAAAGAAGCCACUAAUAGUCUCGAUAAAAAUCUUCAGUACCAUAUUAGUGCUGUAAGUGAAAAUUUAGGCAAAGUUUAUUCAAUGGUGAGUGAUGUACAUGAAGCCAUUGUUGAUCAAACCCCUACACCACGAGGUCACAACAGGACCACUACCCAAGCACCGUUUAUUCUUCGCUCCAGCAAAAUUGACGCCCUGGUUAAACAAAUGAAACCAAUUAUUAAUGUUUCCGAGAAAAUGGAUGAAGUCUGGGAUGUUGUGGUGGGUACCAAAAGUUCUGUAGAUGAUCUAGUUCCUAAAUCAGAUGAACUUUUGACGCAAACACAACGCCAGGAACGUGCCAUUGGUGAAAUGCACAGUGACUUCCGGUCUAAGGCGAAUAAAAUCAUUGCUAAUCUCGAUAUGGUUGAGAAACGUCUGAAGAAACAAGAAGAUGAUGUGGCUACACUAGCGCAGAGACCUGUACCGGCUGAGUUGUUGCUGGAUCCGACCAUUGAUCGACUUAUUGAGUAUGAUCCUAGCCGGUAUGGUGUUGAUGAGUUUCCCACGGAGACCACGAUUCCGUUUACGACGACCAUGCCUCCUCCAAGUACUGUAACGCAGAGUUCUACAUUUAAUACUACGCAGAGUACCACGCCGAUGACUGGGGUACCACCUGUGGGUACACCUCCUUCGGAGAAACGCACAGAGAAACGGAAAGGUGGUGUUAUCUUCCCAAGUGUGAAAAAUAAGCCAUCGCCUGCGAAUACUACAUUUACAACUGAUUUGGUGUCGAAUAUUAAGGAUGUUAAGGGCUAUUCUUGUGUGGACCUGCUGAAUGCAGGUAUGCGCGACUCUGGCGUUUACUACCUGCAGAUUCGCGGUACCACCUAUUGGUUCCUCAAGGUGUUCUGCGAGCAAGAAAUUGCCGAAGGCGGUUGGACGGUAAUCCAACGUCGUGAUGAUUAUGGUGACCCCAGGGAAAACUUCAACAGGGAUUGGAGUGAUUACAAAAACGGUUUCGGUGAUCCUGGUAAAGAAUUUUGGUUGGGUAACGAAAACAUCUAUAUGUUGACCAACAACGAGGAGUAUAUCCUGCGUGUAGAGUUGGAGGACUUUGAAGGAAACAAAAGAUACGCGCAAUAUUCGCAUUUUAAGAUUUAUUCUGAAGCAGAAUAUUACAAACUGGAAAUUGAUGGAUAUGAAGGUAACGCUGGAGAUUCCCUGAAUGAUCCAUGGUAUGGAAGCAACAAUAGUCCAUUUUCCACUUAUAAUAGAGAUAACGACCGUUCGAGUUUGAACUGCGCGUCCAUGUUGAAAGGAGGCUGGUGGUGGAAGUCAUGUGGCCGCGGGUUAAACGGCCUGUACCUCAAUGACCCGCAGGACCUUACUGCGCGCCAGGGCAUCGUUUGGUUCAGGUGGAGAGGAUGGGAUUACACGCUCAAGAAGGCGAGCAUGAUGAUCAAACCGAAGGGAUUCGUCAACCCGACGUAAUCGCGCACGCAGACUGCGUCGCGCGAUAGGGAAACAUUGUGUACCACAAAAGUCAAUUUAUAAUCAUCGGCCAUUUUGUAUAUUUCGGCGCGUUCAUUUUCGUUCAUGUCAUCCGCAGACAUUCUAUUAUUUAUUUUACUAUUUAACUGUUGGUUGUUUUAUUAUUUUUCUGUUUGUUUUUUUCUACUACACACGUAUUACUGUGUAUAAAGUUACCUCAUAAUUAAGCUAAACACGUAAUAUUUAAUUUUAACGUAUAUACAUUCUUGUUGUUACCGUUGAUUAUAAAUUGGCGCCGAAGAUAAAGCGUUGAAAUUUGGCGGAAUUUAAGACUGUGCGCUGCUCGUCAGCGAACAAACUCACACUGCAAGUUUUUGUUUUGUUUCUUAUUUUUAAUUUUUGUUUGUGGCUCGUCGACGAGUAGCAUUUAUUAGUUAUACGUUGUUGUAAUUCGCAGAAAAUGAAACAUGGAGGCUAUUCUGGGACAGAGAUUGCAAUACAAGCAAUGUGCAAGCGAGGAAAUAUAAACAAACGUGUCGCGCGCACAGUUUUAUCACUUGACUGUUCAAUUGAUUGAAAACUGGAGGUCGCACGCUCUUUGAUUACCCUAGAACUAGAUAUGUAGCAAAUAAGCGUCUGUAUUUUAUGAUUUAGUAUUGUAUAAAUUAGUAUAGUAGUAUUCUAUGUAGGCAAGUUUUUUCAUCUGGAGGCGACAAAUGUUUUCAAGUCUUUAUAUCCUAUUACUUACACUCUCUCCUUUCUUUUUGUAAAUAAAACUACUAAAUAUAACGAAAGUUAAGUAAUUUUUGUAUAAAGUAAAUAUAUUUUAAUAUAUAUGAAUAAAUAAAUGUUAGUUAAAUAUA